AUGACCUCUGUACUCAGAUUGACAUACGGUGAACGCGCAGCCCGCCAUUCCAAUCCUGCUGCAAAAGCGCUUCUCGAAACCAUCGAGCGCAAAAAGUCCAAUCUAUGUGUUAGUGUGGACGUCUCGAAGAAAGCCAACUUCCUCAGUAUCAUCGAUGCUGUUGGCCCAUAUACUUGUCUUAUCAAGACACAUAUUGAUAUUAUCGAGGAUUUCGAUGAUGAUCUCAUAGAGCAGCUUCAAGAGCUUAGCCGAAAGCAUGACUUUCUCAUAUUCGAAGACAGGAAAUUUGCUGACAUUGGCAAUACUGUCACCCUACAAUAUUCCAGCGGAGUACAGCGCAUCGCCUCCUGGGCACACAUCACAAACGCUCACGCCGUCCCAGGGCCCUCAAUCAUCUCCGGGCUCUCAUCAGUCGGCCUUCCACUCGGACGCGGACUAAUCCUCCUCGCAGAAAUGAGCACGAAAGGCUCACUGGCUCGCGGAGAAUACACAGAAGAAGCAGUCCGCAUGGCACGCGCGAACCGCAACUUUGUGUUCGGAUUCAUCGCACAACGUCGAAUGGAAGGAAUCGGUCUUAAUCCACAGAGCGGCGACACCGUUGCUCAAGACGAGGACUUCAUAAUUCUCACCCCUGGCGUAGGACUUCAAGCAAGUGGUGAUAGCCUUGGGCAGCAAUACAAGACUCCCAGAGCAGUCGUCGUGGAUGCUGGCUGCGACGUCAUUAUCGUUGGUCGUGGUAUUUACGGGAAGAGCGAUUCGGUUGACGUCGCUGCUGCUCAGAAGCUCGCAGAAGUUUAUCGAGACGAGGGCUGGAGGGCGUAUGAAGAAAGACUUAAAUCUCACAGGAACUAA